CAGACUCACAAGACUCACCACUAUUGUAGUAUUAUUUAUAACUUUUAACUUUAUUUAGAGAGAAAGAGAAAGAUGGAGUCAGGAGUCUAUCUCUCAUCUAUUUUUGGAUGUGGAGUCUCCCAUCUCUACCUCUCUUUCAAUUUUCUUCAUAACACAUAUGAUCAAAUCUAAGUUAAUCAACCAAGCAAUAGAGUUUUAGAUAUGAGAGGAAUAAAAUAUUCUCAUCCAAAAAAAAGAAAAAAGAGAUUAGAUAUAAUUACCAAGUUUGGACGGUGCUGUGGUUGAUUGGUGGUGGCUUCAAGCGUGGUGCACUAGUGCUAGUCAGCUUCUACUUCUGCUACACUGCUAUUCUGCUGAGUGCCGCUGCCCAACCCCUCAGGUCUAAGGUCUCCUGAGUUCUACCCUUAUUUUGUGGCGGAUGAUGACAUUGGGAAAUUCACAAUAAAAUUUGUUGAUGAUGUCUGAAUGUUCAACAAAACUCUUCAUUUUCUGUCAUCCUGCAAUUUGCUAAACAUUAACGAGCUUGCAUCUUUGAGGGAGGAGAAGAUUGGGGUAAGCUCCCUAGGGUCACCGUUUCAGAGGAUGACCUACUUACUGCCGUCAAAAGCACUUAUCUCUUAUAUAUAUAUAUAUAUAUAUAUAUAAAACUGAAAUUUCAAAGAUAAUGGAGGUGAUACCACAUGACACAAAAAAUAACAAUAAUAAUUAUUCUAUGAGAUUGGCUUCUAGAACACUGGUUAGUAAAGCCUACACGGUUACACCAAUUUGAGUUCCAAUCAUGAUUAUAAAUGACUUCUUUCCCUAAGGACAAUGUUGAUGGAUCUAAAGAAAAUGAAACCCUUUUUUACUAAUGGGUCGAUGAGUGAUAGUCUGUGCUUAAUUAAUAUGGUGAAUGAUGUGCUCAGGAAGAUUGAGAUUCGCCACAUAAAAAAUAAAUUCUAUGUUCAAUAAUUAUGAAAUUGAUUUAUGAACAAGCCUAAGUAAAAUAUAGAGUUUCAUCACUUGUAAAAUCAACAAAAGCUUUAAAUUAAAACAAUUUCAUAAGUUCUAAAUUUUAAUUUUUUUUUGGAGAAGGUUCUAAAUUUUAAUUGAUAACAUUAAAACUUUAAAAUCUAACGUUGUUCUAAUAACGUUGUUUGUAUUUUUUAAAAAUACUUAUGAGUGAAAAAAUGUGUGAAAAUACGUAUAAUAUUGUUUAAAAACUGAAAACUGUUGCUUAAAAUGCCAUACCAAACAGUCUCAUAAUUUCCAACCUAUAUUUAUUUAUUAAGUGUCCUUAGCACCCUUUUAGGAAGAGUUUUAUAACACAAUCGGACCACUUUUUAUAGGAUUUCAAGCCACUUUUAACCUUUUAUAUAUUAACUUCAUAUUUAUAUCAAUUUUUGCUAUUUUUCAAUGUAGGUAGAACUUCUUCAAAUCUUAAGGUGUGCCUAAAGCACCCAUUAACAAAAGCGGAUUAUUAAUUAGGGCAAGGCUUUAUACUAUGUACAAGAGAGAAGUCAAAUCCUAUUUCUUAUGCCAGAGGAUGCAAGAUAGCAGUCAUCUUUGCUCUUUGUUGGUUCAGCUCGCCUAGUGUAGGUAGGAUUUUUUUUAUUUUUUUAUAUUUUUUUAGAGAGUUUCAACUUAUGGCGUUCAAUUUUGAUGAUAAUUCUUUAUCAUCAGACCAAGACACCAAUCAGUUUUUUGUGUAAGCAGAGAUUGAACCCUAAAUCUCUUAUUCAACCAUCAAAGACUAUACCAAUUGAGCUAACUAGAACCUACAGUGUAGAUAGAAUUGAGAUCUCAUGAGAUGCGAGAGCUCUCACAUUGAUACUAAGAGUUAAAAAAUUAACUUUUAAUCUCAGUUUAUAUAUAUAUAUAUAUAUAUAUAUAUUAACUUUCUGAUUUUCUACCUUUUCAAAAUGAAGAAUUUGAUAUGUCCACUUCAGUAUACCAUAUAGUUUAAGGUCAAGUCAUAGAGUAAGAGGAUCACAAAUUUUCUUUCUUUCUUUCCUUUCUAUUAUUAUUAUUAUUUUGUCUUUCUCUUUCUUCUACGUUAUUGUGUUUUCUGGCCACAUCUUACACAAGUAAUACAGGGCACAAUUUUUUUCUUUUAAAUAGUCAUCACUUUCCUUAGCAAUAAUAACACACGUCAUCUCAAAGGUAGAACAAAUUAUAUAUCUUCUUGAACAAAUAAUCAGUGAGAGAUAUAUUUAUCAUAUGAGUAUGUGGUUAUCAUGAACCAACCUUGUGAGGUGAGCAAAAGUAGACAAACAUCCAUGAUCUACCAAACCAUCCCCAUCAAACACAAUAUGAACUUCCAUUCUCCAAUGGAAUCUCUAGUCAAGCUAGAAUUAUUAAUUUUAUCAUUGAAUAAUUUAUAAAUGCUACUUAAUUUUAUCUAUGAUCUACCAACCCAUGCAUCCCUCAUCAAACACAAUGUGAACUUCCAUUCUCCAAUGGAAUCUCUAGUCAAGCUAUAAUUAUUAAUUUUAUCUUUGAAUAAUUUAUAAAUGCUACUUAAUCAGUUAACCAAGAACAGACAAUUGGUGAUGAUGAUUUCAUAUUUGUAUUUAUUAUAACAAAUUCUCAAUACUUAAUUAGUUUUCGUACAAGCGGAACCAAAAAUAAAAUUAGAUUAAUUUUGAAGUGGUUUAACAUAGGUCUUGACUUAGACUCCUUUAAGAUAGGAAUAGUUAUAGGUAUGGGUAUUGCAAUUAUAAAUAUUCCUGUAGAACUUAAGCAUUCUCAUCCACUCAUGCAAAAAUAAAUGCAUUUUAUCUUAUCAAAAAGUCAAUUUAUCUAUUUUAUAUUACCAUUUUUACAACACACUCUACAUUUUAUUUUUUAUUUUACAAUAUAUUACAUUAAAAUAAUCUUAUUUCAAAGUUACAGUGAAAGAGAGAAGACAAAAAGUGAGACAAGCGAGGAGAGAGAAUAAAAAAAAGAAUAAAAUUAAAACCUUUGACACAAUACUAUAAUGAUUAUUUAUAUUUACAUAACCAUUGUAGCAAGUUGUAAAAAUAUAUAUAUGCAAAAUGUCUCAUUAGAUGUGAGGUAUUUUUGUGUAUCUUUUGUGAAUAACAUCAUGUAUUUUACAUUUUGAUGGCCUUUACAUUACCUAAUGAGAAUACUCUUUUGCUGUUCUCUCUCUCUCUCUCCCUCGUCCUUUUUAUAUGUAAUAGAUUAAAAAAAAAAAAAACACAUUGAAAGCAUGAACAAAGUAGAAUGACCAAAAAGGCAUUGUUACUCCCAAAAGAAUUCAUUGGAGGAGUUGGAGCAAACUCACUGAAUCUAAGAAAAUGGGGGGAAUGGGUUUUCGAGACCUUUGAUCCUUCAAUUUAGCCGUGUUGGGAAAGCAAGGGUGGAAAUUUAUACAAGAACAUUACUCACGAUGUACUAGUGCUUUAAGGCCAGAUAUUUCCCAUGAAGUCAGUUUUUGGAAGCCUCGGACUCACCUAACAGCUCCUAUGUGUGGAAGAGUAUCAUGGUAGCACAGCUGAUCUUAAACAAAUGGUGCUGUUGGAGGGUUGGUGAUGGAGCUGAAAUCAAGGUUUCAUCUAACAAGUGGAUCCCUAACCAUCCAACAAAUGGAGUGGUUCACCCUCCUGAUAAGAUAGGAAGAGACUGGUAUGUUUCUAAACUCAUUAACCCAGACCUGAAAUGGUGGAGAAGAGAUUUUAUCAUGGCACACUUUCACAAGGAUGAUGCAGAUGCUAUAUUGCGAUUACCAUUGAGUCACAGACAUGUCCCAAAUGCCAUAGUUUGGUUCCACAAUAAAAAGGGAGUAUACUCUAUAAAAUCUAGCUAUCAUGUGGCGAGACAGGUUUUCAAAACAGAGGAUUGGGUGGAAAGUUCCUCUGGGCCAAUCGGUUGUUAGGUAUGGCCUAAACUAUGGAAGCUUCAUGUGCCAAACAAAAUAAAAGUAUUUGCGUGGAGAGCUUGCCACAAUAUAUUGCCCACAUGUGAUAAUCUGUAUCGGAGGAAAAUUGUUGAGGAGGAAGUUUGUAUGCUCUGUUCAAGGGAGGUUGAAACAGGGGUCCAUGCCUUGUGGGAAUGUGCAGUAGCAAAAGAUGUAUGGUCGGUUAGUAUGAUCAGAAUACAAAAAUGUCAAGGGCAGCAGGAUGUUCUCCAUUUAUUUCAAAAGUUGUUGGGUAAACUCUCCAUAGCUGAGUUCGAAUUAUUUGUAGUUCAAACUUGGAUUAUUUGGAACCAAAGGAACACAGUGGUUUUUGGAGGUAAGCUUAAGGACCCGAAGUGGCUAAACAAACGGGAAAGAGAAUUAUUGGACAAUUUCCAUCACGCACAAGGUCAGCAAUGGAUUCCAAUAAGUUGCCCAGGUGACUCUGUUUGGCAUCCACCUCCAGAUUCUGCUUUCAAGCUGAACUAUGAUGCUGUGGUCUUCUUCGAUUUGAGUUGCUCAGGUGUUGGGGCGAUGAUUCGGAAUGAGAAGGGCGAGGUCAUGGCAGCAAUGUCAACAAGAGGUCCACAUGUUGUUGAUAGUGCAGUGGCCGAAGUAAUAGCAUGUAGAAGGGCAUUGGAGUUCGCGUGCGAGGCAGGAUUCACAGACUUGGUAGUGGAGGGAGAUAAUCUCAGUGUGAUGAAAUCGCUCGCUGCUUUUGAGACGGACCAUUCAUGGCUGGGUCAUAUCAUCCAAGAUGUCAAAUGGCUCACACGAGGUCUUCGAAAGGUGUCGUUCAACUAUGUGAGGAGAGCAGCUAAUUCUGUGGUGCAUGGGUUAGUGAGAUAUGCAAAAUAUGUACACGAAGACAUGUAUUGGAUAGAGGACAAUCCUCCUCUUGUGUUAGAAGCCCUGUAUUAUGAUUUUUCGCAAUUAAAUAAAUGAAAGUUUAUUCUGUUUUCAAAAAAAA